GAGGAGGUUUCGCAAACGCUUGAGAGUGUAUGAUUAAAUUCAUUCUACAACCAUGAUGAACUAUUUGUUGUUUUUUGGAGUGUCGUCAAUAGUGCUAUCGUUUGAUUUAAGCCACGUAACCGGCACCCAAGUACUUCGCCUUCGAGGUGUAUCACUGCCCAAAAGUCCUCUAUAUAACCCUGAAAAAGACUUUGAAUGUUUAGAUGGUAGUCGUAGAAUAACUUUUAAUAAAGUUAAUGAUGAUUAUUGCGAUUGUGGAGAUGGUAGUGAUGAACCGGGCACAGCGGCUUGCUAUAAUGGCUUCUUUUUCUGCGAAAACACUGGGUUUAGGUCCAUAUACAUCCCAUCUAGCCGAGUGAAUGAUGGAAUAUGUGAUUGUUGUGAUGCUAGUGAUGAAUAUGCAUCGGGUGUGUCAUGUAUUGACAAUUGCUAUGAGCUUGGUAGAGAAGCUAGAGCUGAAGCGGAAAAGGCUGCAGAGUUAGCACGAGAAGGUAGCAAAAUUAAACUGGAGAUGUCUCAACAAGGCCAAAAAUUGAGAACAGAUAAUGUUGAGAAAUUAUCUCAAUUAAAAGCUGAAUACUUGGAGGCAGAGCGAGUGAAAAAAGAAAAAGAAGUGAUUAAAACUCAAGCGGAAGAAAGGGAAAGUGCUGCUUUAGAAAAAUAUAAACCUGAACCAGAACCAAUUCCAGAAGAGACUGAAAAACCUGAAGGUAAGGAAAUUGAAGCUGAAGAAUACUUUAAGAAGCUUGAUUCUGAUGAGAGUAAAAGUGUAACAAUCCAAGAACUCCAAACAAGAAUAAUAUUUGAUCGAGAUGGUAAUGGAGUAAUUACUGAAGAAGAAGCAAUGUACUUUUUAGGACAAGAUGAAGUUAAUUUAGAUGAAUUUAUCGAAAAAUCUUGGAUCAAGAUUAAACCUUUCAUGAUGAAAGAACAAGGAUUAUUUAGACCACCAACUGGCGAAGAAGAUGCUGAAGAACUUCAUGAAGAUAUGGAAGAAGAACAUGGUGAAGAAGAUGAACAUGAGUUGGAAGAAGAAGAAGGUGAUCAUUCAGAAGCUCAUGAAGAACCAGAAAAACCUGAAGAGCCAGCAAUUCAGUAUGAUGAAGAGACUCAGGCUAUUAUUAACGAAGCAAAUGAAGCAAGAAAUCAAUAUCAAGAAGUAGAAAAAGUAGUUAUGGACUUACAAAAUCAAAUAAGAUCAAUAGAGGCCAAAGUUGAUCGAGAUUAUGGUCCAGGAGAAGUCUUUGCUACUCUUGAUGGUACAUGUUAUCAAUAUACGGAUCUGGAAUACGUUUAUUCCAUGUGUAUGUUCGGUCGAGCUUCUCAGAGUGCAAAAUCAGGAGGUAGUGAAGUAAGUCUUGGUCACUGGAGUGAAUGGAUUGGUCCUGAACAUAAUAAAUAUUCAAGGAUGAAGUUCGAUAAGGGGCUUACUUGUUGGAAUGGACCUGCACGUUCGACUGUUGUUGAUCUACGAUGUGGAACAGAAAAUAAACUGGUUUCAGUUUCAGAACCAAGCCGGUGUGAAUAUGCAAUGAUAUUUACAACACCUGCACUUUGUACUACAGAUUCAGAUUCUAGUAGUGUGCAUGAUGAAUUGUAAAAAACGAAUUAUGUUAAAUAGUAUGAAUAUUACAUGGACACAAAUUAAAAACAAUCAUAAAUAAUUAAUUGUGUAAUUCAUGAAUCAAGUAAUUCAUGAAUUAUACUAUUUCUGUGUCACCAAUUUGUAUGGGAUGCGUUUACAUUUCUGGGGUGUGAUUUUUCAUGGAUUAUCAUUUUUUAAAAAAUGUUCUUACUUUUCUUGUAAACCUUAUUUACAAUUAGAACAUGCAAGGCAGUGCCUAGUUUUAUUAAUUAUUAUUGUGCGUAAUCUUUUUGAGAUAACUUUAUGUUAAAAGUUUACCAAUACGUAAAAAAUGGAUUUGAUGUUGUUGAAUUAUUAUUGUCAAUCCAUUUUUUAUUAUAUCAAACAUACUUCAUAUAAAAGUUAUAUGUGCAUUUAAAUAAAAUAUAACAAAUUCGAAUUACGUAGCCAAUCAAUUUUUCACAAAGAUUAAGAAAAUUAUUAAUUUGUUGCAUAAGUAGUAAUAGAAUGAAUGGACUAUACAAAUUAUUGGUUUACCAAUAAAAUACAUAGAUAAAAUUAUAAAAAUCUAUAAACGAAGCAAUAUUGAUUAAUAAUUAUAAUUUGAUUUGUAUAAAAUUAUUAUUAAAAAGACUUGCAACAAUUUAAUAUUUAAAUAAAAAAAAAUACGGUGGUUAAAGGCCAUAAAAUAUUCUCGGAUCACUGUUACAUUCCUCUUUUCUGUAUAAGUAAUGAAUUAUCAAGAAAAAUAAAUGUAUAAAAAUAGAAUAGUAAUGUUUCAUGUAAGUUUAAGCAGAUCAUAUAAAAUUUCAAUUAGAUAAAAAUCGUAAAUAAUAGUUUUCACCAUUUUAUAUAUCAUAAAUAAAAAUUCUAAAUUAUUUUUAUCAAAUACUAAAACAACAAAAUAUGCUAAAAUAUUUUUUCAACUCCGUUUUUAAAUAAAUAUAAUUACAAACAUGAAAUUUUUUUAUUAAAUAACUUAUUUAAAACAUGUCUGUUAUAAUGAUCAUGUGAUAAAGUGCAUGUAGUGAUGAUGAUAACUUGUGACCAAAUCGUGCAAUCAGUGAUCCAAUUAUUCCGAGGAUACAACUUGUUAAAAACCUGAUACAUUUUGUGAAUUUUAAACCGAUAAAGAACAUGUUAAAAUUAAGUUAAAUAUUUUGUAACUUUUUAAAAAAGAAUAUUGAAGCGCAUUUGCGUUCAAUUUGCAGGUUUAAAAAAAUAAAUUACAUUUUGUCAAAUUAA